UGGCAGGCCUGGCGAGGAGACAUUGGUGAGCCCAGCCGACCUGUGUCUCACGCGCACCCCUCCCUUCCGACCGAGGAAUGCAAGGCCAGGAGAUGGUUGUCUGCAGGAAGGAACCACGCAUGAUGCUGUGCUGACAUCACAGUGGCCACCAGGCUCCACAGACCCCGCUGGGGACCCAGGGAAUGUCCUCCAGCAUCAGCUCUCUGAGAAUUCACCUUGGCCUCUGGGCCCAGCACCAGGGCUUCGGGGUCCUCCAGCAUGGCCCACUCUGGCUGUCUCCGGGGCAGCGGGUCUCCAAACACUUGCAGGGACAGGGGAGACCACCGGAGACCGGGCCGGGCCAAGCCGCUGCCUCGGGAUGCUGCAGAGGAUGAUGACUGGGAGACCGACCCAGACUAUGUCCACGAUGCCAGCAGGCCAGGAGGCCACCAGCGGGCAGCGCGCGAGAUCUCGACAACCUCGAUCAUUUCUGAUCUCUCGAGGGCCAUCCGUGACUGCAGCCUGGCCACCUCCAGCCCCCAAAGCAAGAAGGAGCCUGCUGGCCACCAAAGCCCCCUUCCGGGCUGCCAAGAUGCUGGGCAGAGCUGGGCGAAAAAACCCCCACGGGAGCGCCACCGGCAGCAGGCCCGCUCUUCCCCCGGCCUCGGCAUCGAGAGGUGCUCCGUGUUCAACCGCAACGCUGUGGAGACGCUGGACAACUUCUUCUCUGGGAAGCUCAAAGCCUGGGCCAGUGACACGGCCCAGCUCUCUGACGGCUACGAGAACAUGGAGGCUCUGCAGGAAGAGCCGCCCGGCCACAGCACGCCCCCGAGAGGGGCUGGCAAGGCGCAGGCCGGGGGGGCUGGGCGGACGGGCCGGAAGCCGAGUCACAGCCGGGGCCCGCAAGCCCGAGGAGAGGUGGCCGGGCGUCCCUCCCGCUCUCGAGAGCAGUCCGGUCCUCCUCCCGGAGCGUGCUGCGGCCAGUGCCUGGGCCCGGGCCUCGUUGGCAAAGGGGAGGCCUCGCCGGCAGCCCUGCCUCGGAGGCCGGAGGGCAGCAGGCCCUCCACUUCUGUGAGCAGCUCGGCCAGGAUCCUGCCCCAGUGCCGGAUCGCCCACGUCCAGAGCUGCAGGGCCUGCCAGGUGUUCAACCAGGACCCUCCAGCAGGCAGGGAAGAGGCCCUCUGCUACGAGGACUCCUCCGGCGGGGGCCCACCCCCACGGCAAGAAGGCGGCAGAGAUGGCCUGCCCGCUGCCCGCCGGAAGGGCCGGACGGGGGCUUCCUCCCAACGGCCACUCCCAGACCGUCUCUCCAAGGUCCAGCAGUGGCUAGAGCAGACCCCAGUGGAGCGGCCUGCAGGCCUGACCCCGCCCCAGAAGCUCGAAGGCACCCGCUUGGCCGCCUCGGACAGGCCUGGAAGGGGUGCUGCGUAUGGCCGGCUGCACCCGAAGGAAGGGGACGCCUGGGACAGUCUGGAGCCCCCGGCAGAGGCCAGACACACCCGGAAGACCCACAGAGGGAGGAAUCCCAACCAGCAGCCCGUGGCACGGAUCCUGGCCUGCGACGACACGAGCACUUCCCCUGCCACAUGCUCCUGCCUGUACUGCGAGCAUCAGAGGCCCUGCGCCCAGCCGGGCAAGCAAGGGCCGGACCCCUCGCCAGAGGAAGUGGCAGUCCAGCUCCAGGCGGAGAACCGAGUGCCCCGGAUCGUGGAGGCUUUCGAGCGGCGGUCCCUGCGGGAAGCCAAGCGGGCCGAGCGGGAGAGGGCCUUCCAGUCUGCCAGGCAGAGGGAGCCGGAGAGGAAAGCCCGGGCGGCCAAGGUCCCCAGGGACGCACGGCCAGAUCACCCUCCGGCGAGCAGCGGCAGGGCCCGGAAGCCCCCCUCCCCGGAAGAGCUGAGGGAGCGGCCCAGGCCGAGGACGGUGUCCAAGGGAGCCGGAGGAAGGCGGGAGACGCACCGCCGGAGGAAGGAGGGAGAGGCGGGGCUGCCGGCGGGGAAGCGGCCCAGCUUCAUGGACAGACUCCGGGGGUUCUUCUAGCACAGGGGGCCGCCCCGGAAGGAGCUAGGCAGGAGGCCUUUGUGGAGACGUGCCGUGGCCCUUGGAGCCGCACAGAAGGGGGCUUCAGGGGAUGGGGGCGGCCUGGGAGCCCCGAAGGGAAGUGGCCCUCUGGCCCUCUGCAGGAGGAGGGCAGAAGCCAGGCACGGAGCCGCCACAGGAGACAGGGGCAUCCCCAGACCCCAGCCAACCCCCCACUGCGGGGCCUGCAGGGCCUGAAGGGACCGGGGCAGGGAGGGGGACUAACGGAAGGGCAGGGAGUCCCAGCACUCUCUGCCUGUCAGCCCUUUGGCACUGGGGGCUGAGUCUCUGCAAGCCAGGCAGGCAAGUCUGUGGGGCCCCUGAGUGUGCUCGGGAAGAGCCGUCACUCUAGAUGGGGCACAGCAGUGAUGCCCCGCUGGCAGGAAUGCCGCCUAUGCCCUCCGCUGGUGGCUGGCUGCCUCCUGAGCACAGGACGCCCGCCCCCCCCCCCCGAGGAUUUGGCAUGGGGCGAGAGGGCUUCAGGAUGGCCUCUUCCACAGAAAGAUCGCACCAGGCUGAGAGGAGUCGCUGGCUUUGCCGGAUCAAGGCCACCCAGCAGCUCUCCUCCAAAGAGAGAGAAAUGGCUUCUCAGCCAGGCUGGGGUGUGAAUUGGAAUAAACGUUGGCUA